UUCCCGCCUUGAGAGACAUCCGAUCAGCUGCAGCUACACACUCUCAUGCGGACUGCAGAAGGGGAGGGAGAGAAGCGCUACACACGGAAACCCCACCAGCUGAAUGUAAAGUGGCAAUAUACAACCGCGAACAAAUUACAGGCUGUAAAUUAUUAUGCGCAUACUAGUCGAUUAGGCGCAUCAUAUAUUCUGCAAAGUGAAGAAAACAAUUUGAAAUAAGGGGGAAAAAAAUCAAAGGUUCAGAAACGGUGAUGAAAAACAUGGAGUAUUUCAUGGUACCAGCUGAGAAGGUGUCUUUGCAACAAUUUAGGAAAUCGGAGAAAGAAGUCAUCGGGGGUCUUUGUAGUCUGGCCAAUAUUCCAUUGACACCGGAGUCAGCGCGCGACCAGGAACGUCGCAUUCGCAGGGAAAUUGCCAACAGCAACGAAAGGCGCCGAAUGCAGAGCAUCAACGCUGGCUUUCAGUCUCUGAAGACACUCAUCCCACAUAGUGACGGGGAGAAGCUAAGCAAGGCUGCCAUACUUCAGCAGACUGCCGAGUACAUCAUCGCUCUGGAGCAGGAGAAGACUCAGCUCCUACAGCAGAACAACCAGCUCAAGCGCUUCAUCCAGGAGUUCACCGGCUCCUCGCCGAAGAGGAGGCGCACGGAGGAGAAGGAUGAAGGCAUCGGCUCCCCGGACAUCCUGGAGGAGGAGAAGCUGGAGGACCUGCGGCGAGAGCUGCUGGAGCUGCGUCAGCAUCUGGAGAAGGAGCGCUCCGCCCGCGCACAGCUUGAGGAGCAGCUGCGCUCCCUGGACACCCAGCUGUACCCGGAGAAGCUGGCGGCGGUGGCCCAGCAGCAGGUGCAGGACCAGCACUCGCUCCUCCACACACAGACCCUGCUGCGCCUUCAGCAGCUGCAGCAGCAGCAGCCGCCGCCCGACAGAGACAGCGCCCCCCGCAGCCCACAGGUGAUGGCCACUCCCACCCCCCCUGCCCCUACCCACCAUCCUACUGUCAUAGUCCCCGCCCCCACACACUUUGCCACGGCGACCGUCAGUCCAAACCCCAGCAGCAACAUCAUGUCCACAUCACGGCAAAACCUUGACACUAUUGUUCAGGCCAUCCAGCAUAUUGAGGGGACCCAGAGAGUGGGCGGAGUCGAGGAGGAGCAGCGGCGGGCAGUCAUCGUCACCCCGCGCCGCGUCUCUAUGGAAACCACGGGCUCAGACACGGCCUCUGACAGCGAGGGUGAAGGCAACUGCCCCAUGACCUAAUAGCUGUAUGCGCCCUCACUACAGACACAGAAUCAGUGAAUGUAUAACACUCACGGCAGCACUUCCAUACAAACACACACGCACGUACAGACGACAUGACCUGCAUACACUCUAACUCAGGUGGUGAACUAGAUGUUUGGCUAAAGAACAUUUGAUUCUACCACUCAAUAUACAUACAUGCAUAUACACACACACACACAUAUAUAUAUAUAUAUACACAUACAUACACACACACACACACACACACACACACACACACACACACAGUAAAAGCUACCCCCCCUCCUCCAUGAUUUGAAUGAUGUUUGAUGCAGCUGGACUCUGUAAGAGAUGUGUGGAUGUCACCCCCUCCUCCCUUCUCCCCCCUGUUUUUCUCUGUUUGUUUUCUUUCCUUUGAUGGCAUAAUCUCUCAUCUCAGUGGCGGAGUGGAUUAGGGAGGAAGGGAGGGGGGCUGGAGGCCAGACCUAAGCGAGGUGACCAAAGACAAGCCAUGUCCGCUCUUAGGGGGGGGGCCCAGUGUACAACCAACACGAGACGUGUCCUCCGCCUAAGCCCCGGUCCACUUCCUGUCGCGUGUCCUAGUGCUAUAGCUAGCGUGCUCUUUGGCUACCGUUUUUCUGUGUUGCUUUGUCUCCCCCAGUGUCUCUGCACUAAAGUACACACAUGUGAUCCUUCUCUUUUUAGUAUGUAUGCAUGUGCAUUGGUGCUUUGGUGAAUUUU